AGGGAAUCCUCUCGACCCAGGGAUCGAACCUAAGUCUCCUGCACUGCAGGCAGACUCCUAACCAUCUGGUCUGUAACUGGGCAUCAAAGACAUUGGAUUAGUUGAUCUGGAAGCAGUUGUGCAUUGUGGUUGUGAGAAUUUGGAUUUUGGAGGCAGGGUUAAAAAUUUUGGCUGCAUUUCCUCUUGGUCUCAUGACCUUGAGCAAGUUGUCCAAUCCAAACACAGUAAUAAUCAUAGUUACUACCUCCUGUUGUUGUGAAGAUUUGAAUGGGGCAGUAUAAUCUUUUUGACUCAUGGUAACAGUGACUUGUCCCUUCCAGUUAUAAACCUCAAUAAAUCUUUGUCCUUUGUAAAAAUAAAUGAGAGACAUAGAGGAAAUCUAUCUCAACAAAAAAAUUCUCAUCCCCUUGCUUCACCCGCAGUCAAAUUCCCAUUUUGGUAGCAUUUUGCUAUUGUCAUUGACAUUGUUAUUUAAUCUAGAAGCAGGGAAGAUAUUCUGACAGAUUUCAUUCACCCCCUGGUCUGGUCUAGAAGUUCAAAUACUUUCUCUGGCUAGUGGUAGAUGGGUGGUGUCCAAGCCAGGAGGCCAGCUCAGGGCAGCCCACAGACCACAGGCUAUGGCACGUGCCUGUGGUAUCGGAGAAGAUGCUGUGAAUAUCCCAGAAGAUAUUCUCUUCAAGGGUCAUGGCUGAAAAUACCUGGACUUUGGAUCCUGCCUGGGGGUCCUGCCAGGGACAUCUGCCUAACCCAGCCCCAGGAGAGGAAAUCUGGUAUCAAGUCUCACCUGGCAAAAACCAAGUGGAAAACGCACACAUGUACCAACUCCAAUCUCCCCUCAGCCGGCCCGAGGGUGUGGAAGAUUGGAUGACUGAGGUUUGGCAGGGCAAAGAGAGCCUAGUCUCAUGGCCUGAGAGCGAAUUUCCUGCUGAGAGGAAGCUGAGGUUACCCAAGCUGUGAUUCACCUUCCCUCCAAGUCUGGGACCAGGAGCAACCUAACAUAACCUUUCUCACCAGCUGGGCCUCAGUCUCCCUUUCUACAAUCUUGGUGGAAAAUCUCCCUGGACACUCCCACCCCUCAAUGUUCCAGAGACCAUUUAUAGUGAAGGGAAGUAGGGAAAGUGCUUGUAGAGUCAGAGGAAUUCCAAAGGGCAUGGGGGUGGUGGUGGGGAGAAAAUUCCCUGGUGGUUCAGUGGUUAAGACUUUGCCUGCCAACGCAGAGGGUACCAGUUUGAUCCCUGGUCAGGGAGCUAAGAUAAGAUCCCACAUGCCUUGGGACCCAAAAACCAAAACUUAAGACUGAAGCAAUAUUGUAACAAGUUCAAUAAAGACUUUAAAAAUGGUCCACAUCAAAAGACUCUAAAACAAACAAAAAUAAAAAGGACAAAAAGGGCAUGGGGACUUGUGGGAUGAUAGCACUGACCCGUUUGAGAUCACCUGUAACACUGGCUGGUCAUCUGCAGUGGGACAGUGGCCCCAGCCAGCGUCGCUGAGCCCUUGACUCCGGGCGGGCAUUCUCUGUGCCUUCCCUUCACAGCAGCCUGUUUUGUCCUCAUCACAACCCUUCAGGUAAAAGUGGCAUCAUCCCCACUUUACAAACGAGGCUUAGAGAAACUGGGAGAUGAGCCUGGACACCACUAAUACACUGCAGACUUGGAGGGGAACCCUGGGUCCCUCACUGCCUACACCAGAAUCCAAGGGGGCUCCUCAGACCCUGUUCUCAGAGCAUUUAACUUGGCAGGAAGUGCUCAGUGAACUGGGAUGUUUGGUGAGUGAGCCCAGGGCACGGUCAUUGAAGGAUUCAUAUCUAUAUAGGCUCUAUACCCUCUGCGCUGGUACAGGACCACUAGGGUUCCUGGAGGAACCAUCAGUGUGACCAGGGUCCCCCCCAGGCCGAGGGGAUCUUCACACACUUAGACCGCUGCUGACUGGGACCUGCUGAUGUCUCAUCGGGGGCCAUUAGCCAAGGCACAGAGCUGGGUGAGAACAAAGGACACCUCGGGUGCCCAGGGUUUCAGCAGCCCGUUUGGAAAGGGAACCCCAUCCCAUGGCCCCUCUCUGGCCUCCCUGAUUCACACAGUGAGUCAGUGACAGGAAGGAGCCCUUGGCCUGCUGGUCAUGCCGUUAGUAACCCCAUGGGGAAAGGGGAAGUGGGGCGGGAAGGGGAAAGGUGAGCCAUCACAGCGCCCUUGGCAACAGCUGUUGUUGUGUCUGCUCUUAACCCCAUCUUGACCCCGCCACCUCCAUCUGAGAUGCGGUGGCCAGGAGCCUGGAUGACCAGAAGCACCAGGGGCAUUCUCCCCAAACCUACUGAAUGGGAAAGUCAGCAAGAGGAACUCUGAGAUCUGUGCUUGUAAAAAGUGCAGCCUCUCCCUUGUGACACCCUGGUUAGGCAGUCGUAGGGGCCCUGACUCACCCUGAUCAGGGAACACAGGGGUGCCACAGAGGGGAAGCAUUAGCUAUGAAUGAACCAGGUGCCAAAAGGGGUGGUUUCCUUUAAGGUGAAGUUCUGUGCUUUUUAAACAGCCUUGUUUUGGAAAGCUUUCUUGCGGUUCACUCUGUGAAUUUUCCAGAAGGCUUUGGAACAUCUGGGAUGUGUUCUUUCUUUUAAGUCAUGGGUUUAAAUGGGAAAAAAAGAAAUUCCCAGGACAGCAGGAGGGAGGUGUCCAUUGCAGGACAGUGUCCAGGCCUGUUUCCUCUUGGGGGGGGGUCUGAGCUGAGCACUGGGCGGGGUGGGGGGACUGGUGAGGAGGCCCCACCCCCUCCAACCAGCCCCCAUCGUUCUGCCCUUCCCCAUCAGGAUGUGAAGAUCUUCCGGGCCUUGAUUCUGGGGGAGCUGGAGAAGGGGCAGAGUCAGUUCCAGGCUCUCUGCUUCGUUACCCGGCUGCACCACAAUGAGAUCAUUCCCAGCGAGGCCAUGGCCAAGCUCCGGCAGAAAAACCCACGGGCAGUGCGGCAGGCUGAGGAGGUGCGGGGCCCAGAGCAAAUGCACAUGGACAUCGCCGUCAACUUCAGCCAGGGGGCGCUGCUGAGCCCCCAUCUCCGCAAUGUAUGUGCUGAGGCUGUGGAUGCCAUCUACACCCGCCAGGAAGACGUCCGGUUCUGGCUGGAGCAAGGUGUGGAUGGCUCUGUGUUCGAGGCUCUCCCCAAGGCCUCGGAGCAGCUGUUGCUGCCUCGCUGCGGGCAGGUGGGGGACCGCGGGAAGCCCUGCGUCUGCCGCUAUGGUCUGAGCCUGGCCUGGUACCCCUGCAUGCUCAAGUACUGCCACGGCCACGACCGCCCAGCGCCCUACAAGUGCGGCAUCCGCAGCUGCCAGAAGAACUACAGCUUCGACUUCUACGUGCCCCAGAAGCAGCUGUGCCUCUGGGAUGAGGACCCCUAGCCAGGCUGGGACGAGGGGUGGUCCCCGAGGCAGCUGCCAAGGACCCACUGCCCCUCCCCGAGCCGCCAGAGGGGGUGCCCCCAGCCCCGACAACCAAGGCCUUAUCGCUCUUCUUCCCAUCACCUAAUCCUGGAGCCUCUGGCCCUCUCAUCUGUGACUGUGAAAGGGGUGUGGUGUGGCAAGGGUUAACUCAUGAAGGCAGCCCCCACUCCUGCCCCGUGCCUUCCUCGGGGACCCAGGGAGAAGGGGGGUUCUCCAAGCUUGCCUCCCCUCCUUCAUCUCCCCGAAGUGUUCACUUUCAAGCACCCAAAAUGUGACGGCCUAUGACUCUCCUAUUUAACUCUUCGAAGGUUUAGACCCUGAACGGUGUCUGUGCCUGUCUACCCACCUCCCCACACACAACCCCUGCCCCACCGUUGGGAAGGACCUGGCCCCUGUGCGCCGUCCCACUGCCCAGCAAGGACGGGGAGAAUCAUUGCACCCGAGGGGGAGCAGCCCCAGCCACGGAUCUCAGUGCAUUCCUCUCACCGCUGGCCUCGGAGGCCGCCGUCCCCAGCCCUGACACAGACCGCAUGUGCCUUUCUGCAAACCUGGACUCGGCCACGGGAGCAGGUGCUGGCUGGCUCCCUCUAAACAGAAAUAUUUUUGUAAGGUUCUGGGACAGGGAGGGAGCAUGAAGUAUGAGGAAAACUUGAAUUCCAGAUUUUUAAUGCAAAAUAUUUAUCAUUUGUACCAGAAAUAAAAGUUUAAAUUUUUACUUGAC